CGAAUUUUGGCACCACUGUGUGAACCAAUUUCUUUCGUGUUACAUUGUGAAAAGCAAUUCCAUCUGUUCGAGCUCCUGUACUUAUUGCAUUUCCAUUGUGGGUCGUGGUUAGUUGCGCCUGUAAGUGAGUUGGCAUAAUUUGAGAGAUAAGCUAUUUUUCUUGAGGUUUUUUUCAUCAAGGAAAACAGGGGAAAUUCGAUGAUAAUUAGUUCAACUCGACAGGUGUUGCGAGUUGUAUUUAAUUCUGUUACGAUACAGAGGUUUAAUUAUUCAAAAAGUACAGCAGUGUUAUUUGAAGUUAGAAUGUCUAAUGACAAGAAACCCUUCAGCCGGCUUCCCACUGAUGUGAGACCGUAUCAUUACGAGAUAAGCCUCACCCCAGAUCUCAAGAAUUUCACAUUUGAGGGAACACAAAAUGUCGAGAUUGAGGUAAAGAACUCCACGGAAAAAGUCGUUCUUAAUUCUCUGGACAUCGAUAUCAAGAAGGUUGUCUACAAGAAUGGCGAAGGUGCGAGUUUGGAGGCCAAAAAAAUCGAAGUUUCCGUUGAAAAUGAAACAGCAACUCUACUCUUUCCUGAGAAAUUACCAGUUGGAAAAAAUGGCCGGCUUUAUUUUGAUUUCGCCGGGGAAAUCAAUGACAAGAUGAAGGGAUUAUACAGGAGUAAACACAUUGGUGGUGGAAAAGACAAAGAGGCAGAUGCCGUGACUUUUCUCUGUCCCACAUCGGCACGCCGAGUAUUUCCGUGUUGGGACGAGCCAAGCAUCAAGGCAACAUUUGGCGUAACACUUAAUCUCCACAAUCUGCCCAAUGCUAUUGGCCUUUGCAAUAUGCCCGUAGAACGCAUCGAGAAAAAGAAUGACUUAGAAACAAUAAAAUUCCAAAAGUCACCGAUAAUGUCGACUUACCUGGUGGCAGUGGUGGUAGGUGAAUUCGACUUCGUGGAGGACAAGACAACCGACGGUACAGUGGUGCGUGUGUACACCCCAAAAACGAAGCAAGAGCAGGGUCGUUUUGCCCUAGAAGUAGCCACCAAAGUUCUCCCCUACUACAACAAGUACUUCGGCAUCUCCUACCCCCUGCCAAAGAUGGAUCUCAUCGCCAUAGCAGAUUUCUCAGCUGGGGCAAUGGAGAAUUGGGGCUUAGUGACUUACAGGGAGACCUGCCUUCUGGUAGACCCCGAGAACACAUCAGCAGUCUCAAAACAAUGGAUUGCAUUAGUGGUUAGUCAUGAGCUCGCUCACCAGUGGUUCGGUAAUCUAGUUACCAUGGAGUGGUGGACACAUCUGUGGCUCAACGAGGGUUAUGCAUCCUUCGUUGAGUUCCUCUGCGUUGCCCAUCUGUUCCCCGAGUACGACAUUUGGACUCAAUUUGUAACUGACACUUACAUAAAAGCUCUCGAGCUCGAUGGCUUGAAGAACAGUCACCCAAUUGAGGUGCCAGUGGGCCAUCCAUCGGAGAUCGACGAGAUUUUCGAUGACAUAUCCUACAACAAAGGUGCAAGUGUCAUUAGGAUGCUGCAUUCCUACAUUGGUGACGAUGAUUUUAGAAAGGGCAUGAAUAUUUACUUAAAAAGGUACAGUUACAAUAAUGCCGAGACUGAGGACCUUUGGGCAGCUCUGGAAGAGGCCAGCAACAAGCCCAUUCGAGCUGUCAUGUCCACCUGGACGAAGCAGAUGGGAUUCCCAGUGCUCAAGGUGGAUCAGCGUCAGGACGGAAAUGACAGGAUACUCUCUUUGUCUCAGGAGAGAUUCUUGGCAGAUGGAUCAGUGGACAAGGAGGCGAGUCUCUGGAUGAUUCCGGUGAGUGUGAGUACCUCCAAGUCCCCAGGGAAAGUUGCUUUUAACACAGUGAUGAGUGAGAGGAGUAAGGAGAUGGUCAUCAAAGACGCGCCGGAGGGGGUUUGGAUCAAAGUCAAUCCGGGAACCAUUGGAUUUUACAGGACACGUUAUACUCCUGAGGCACUGUCCUCACUGAUGCCAGUUGUUAAGGAUCGAACACUGCCACCACUUGAUAGGCUUGGACUUCUCGAUGAUCUUUUCGCCAUGGUACAGGCGGGACACGCCUCCACUGUAGAAGUCCUCAGGUUCAUGGGGGCUUUUCAACUCGAGGAUAAUUACACUGUGUGGUCGAGUAUCGCCAGUAGCCUGGGGAAGAUUGGAAUUCUUCUCAGCAAUCUCGAUAGUGAAGACAGCUUCAAGGCAUUUGGAAGAUCUCUCUGCAAGGAUGUGGCGUCGAGGCUGGGAUGGGAUCCACAGGCCAAUGAGAGUCAUCUGGAUACUCUGCUCAGGUCGUUGAUUCUCAAUAGGAUGGCCUCCUUCAGGGAUACUGAGACCAUCAGUGAAGCUGUCAAGAGGUUCCAGUUGCAUGCCAGUGGCAAGAGUAUUCUUGCUGCUGAUCUCAGAAGUGCGGUUUACAGAGCUGUUCUCUCGGAAGGAGAUCAAGAGACGUAUGACGCCAUGUUGAAGCUCUAUCGACAGUCUGAUCUCCACGAGGAAAAGGACAGGAUUCUCAGGGCUAUGGGGGCCAUCAGGGAUGAGGAAAUUCUCUCCAAAGUCCUUGAGUUUGCCAUGAGUGAAGAGGUGAGGGCUCAGGAUACUAUUUGCGCCAUCAUAUCGGUGUCGAUGAAUUCCAAGGGACGUAUCAUGGCCUGGGAGUUCUUUAAGAGGAAUUGGAAGACCCUCAUGGAUCGGUAUUGUGGGGGAUUCCUGCUGGCUAGACUAGUUAAGCACCUUACUGAGAACUUCUCGUCCGAGGAGAAGGCACUCGAAAUUGAAAAGUUCUUCAAGGAACAUCCCACACCUGGCGCUGCCAGGACUGUUCAACAGAGCAUUGAAAACAUCAGGCUCAAUGCACAGUGGCUCAACCGGGAUCGCGCUGCCAUUGGGAAAUUCCUCAAAGACAGUGGAUAUUAAUUCUCCUGAAAUAUGUUCAUGUCGUUUGAGGAAGGGUUUUGUAUUUCCUUUGCAUUUUUAAGUGUGUUGCAAGCUCCGGUUGGAGAUCGAAUGCCUUUGUAUACUAUCAUUUCGAAAAUAUAUUAUCUACUUCGGUAUUACUUAAGGAA